CCCCAGGAUUACUCCGUGGAGGGCAUGAGCGAGUCCCUGCUCACCUUCCUGCAGCACCUGCGCGAGUUCGGGCUGGUCUUCCAGAGAAAGCGCAAGUCCCGCCGUUUCUACCCCACGCGCCUGGCCAUCGCGCUGGCCUCGGGGACGUCGGGGGCCCCCCCCGAGCCCGACGCCCACGGCUUCGUCCUCGUCGAGACCAACUACCGCAUCUACGCCUACACAGACUCAGAGCUGCAGAUCGCCCUCAUCGCCCUCUUCUCCGAGCUCCUCUAUCGCUUCCCCAACCUGGUGGUGGCCCAGGUGACAAGGGACAGCGUGCAGGCGGCCAUCGCCAACGGCAUCACCGCCGACCAGAUCAUCCACUUCCUCCGCACCCGUGCGCACCCCGUCAUGGCCAAGCAGAUCCCGGUGCUGCCCCCCACCAUCACCGACCAGAUCCGCCUGUGGGAGCUGGAACGGGAUCGACUGCGCUUCUCCGAGGGGGUGCUGUACAACCAGUUCCUGUCGCAGGUGGAUUUCGAGGUGCUGCGGGACCACGCGCGGGCGCUGGGGGUGCUGGUCUUCGAGAACCCCAGCCGGCGGCUGAUGGUGGUGACCCCCGGCGGGCACCCCGACGUCAAGCGCUUCUGGAAGAGACAGAAACACAGUGCUUAA